CACAGAUUACUGAGGAACUGCACAGGGCUAGACUGUAGCUCUUAAUUCCCCGACUUUUUUUCAUUUUAAACCUUCUCCGAGGAGAAUGCAGCCUCUCCACCAGCGGCUUUAUCAUGAGGUCCCAUCCUGAACGAUGAGGCUCCCCGCAGCCGGCGUCCCCGCGCCCAGCCUGUCCAGCAGCCGGGAUGGAUGUGGGAGCAGGGUGCCACUGCCCUUUUAAUCCAGCCUCCUCCUAACUGCCGGCGAACAAGGGGCCAUGCCCGCGAAGGCAGCAUCUAACCCCAUGGAGCGAAGGGAAGCCAGCGCUUUCUAGCCCUGCCCCUCGGUAUCAUGACAGGGGAGACCCAGCAUGCGUACGCCAUCCCCGACACCGAGUCCAGCUCCAAAGACAAAGACUUUGUCUUCGAGCGCUACGGCGAGAAGGAGGCGCGGGAGUACGAUGGCGGCUUGCCGGACAGCUCAGAGCUAUGUUUGCACAGCGGGGCCGAGAGCGCGCCCCCCUUCCCCAGCGCCAAGGACAAGGAGCCCCACAGCCAGCGGGAAGCCGUGAUCCGGCCGCAGCAGGCGGGCAAGAUCGACUUCAAGUCCCUCCACAACAGGCCCGCGUUCGCCGGCGAUGGCACCUGGGGCAGCGUCAAGGGGAGCCCGCAGUCUCCCCCGGGGAAAAGCCGAGCGCGGGAGAAGGGCCGGCGGUCUGGGAAGGGGGAGCGCGGCCACCACCAGCUCUACCGGCUCAGCAUCGCCAACGCCCGGCCCAACCCCACCAUCGGCAUCGCCUACCCGCAGCAGAAGGUCAUCCCGCCCAAGAAGCUCGAAGUCCCCCGAGGGCCCAUCUCGGGAAGCUACCGCUUCCACGUGCCCAGCAUCCCGGAGAGGGAGGCCGAGCUGCAGCAGGAGGACCUCGGCUUCAGCCGAUGCUUCCCUGAGGCCUCCUCCAGCCUCACCGCCACCAGUUAUACCUCACAGGCGACAACCACCGCACGCCAGAACCACGCCGCCAAGGGACAGUCGCCCGUGGGGGUCCCCCACAAAAGCCCCGGCGCCGGCGGGCAGUUACACUAUUUAGACUUCCAGGCCAACGGGGUGAAUUCGUGGCCAUCCCCCGAAAAGAUCUUUCCAGGCGCUACCUACGGCCUGUCUGCCCCGAAAGCCGGCGCGUUUCCCGAGAGCGGCAAGUCCGGCGCGCGCAGCCCGGGGCCCUUGCCUUUCCCCUAUCCGUGCCAGCCGGUGCAGGACGCGGUGAAGGAGUCCUACCACAACGAUGCGAGCAGCCAAGAUUAUAUGGAUGUUUCCCUGGCGGCAAACCAGGUGACUCAUGGUGCUUUCAGCUUCCAUUCCUCUUCCAGAGACUGGCAAGACGAGGCUCUGAGCAACGGCUCCUACGACAACGUGGUCCCGGAGGGCAGGGCGUACGGCCUGCCUUCUCAGCCCGCUCAGUUCCUGCCGUCGCAGGCGCCGGGGGUCCAUCACCAGUCCCCGCUGCCUUGCUACAAGGGGAGGAAUGAGCACUCCACUGACCUUAAUGGUGCUAUCUCUUCUUCUGGUGCUAUCGACCAAAACCCAAGCACUUUCCAAGAAAGCCAAGUUGUUUUUCCGUCUAGUUUACACACUCCUACUAUGCCAAAGCCGGUCAGUAAGAGGCAAUGCACGUUGAAAGACGGUGUCCCCGGUCCGAGGAUACUGGCCCCGGGUAGCUCUCUUAGAAGGAACAUGCCACAAAACUCUGUCUCCCAAGUGCACUUUCAGAACAAAGUUUAUUGCAGCUCCGCGGCCGGCGGCGUAAGCGCGGCGUCGGUGCCUUUCGAGAAAAGCAUCCCCGCGACUGCUCAGCCCCACCCCAGGCUGCUGCAGGCCUGGGACGGAGCCAGCAAGGCCUUCCCUCCCCUGGACCCCAGUUCAGCACCUUAUUCGAACCCCGUUGGAAACCAGUUCUCAUUCGAGUGCCAAUCCAGCCCGGAGCAAAGGCAGCACGUGCAAAAAAGCUCCCGGAUGCCUUGGCAGCAAAUCCACCUCACCUCCGCCGUGCCCAGCCAGAACCGCAUCGAGCUCUCGAGGCAGAUCACCAGCCAGAAGUUCCCGUUCCCGCUGGGCACCUCGGAGUGGCAAGGAGGGGGCAAAAUCCAGAAGGGCCCCCCCUUGACCAGCGUCCCGGGGUACCACAGCAAAAAGCUGCUGCCCGGAGAUGGCCUGAGGAGUGACGCCGGCCGGCAGCCGACAAACGCCUUCCCCUUCGAAGGCAGAAAGGAGGCCGGGUCCCCCGGGGGCGAUGCGAGGAGCAAGGCGCUCUUCUACAGCCUGAAGCAAGCGGCGCCCGCCAGGAACCCCCCCGCCCUCGCCUUGGCGCUGCCGCCCCCCACCCUGGUGGGGGCUUCCCCGCACGAAUCCCCGCUCCCGUCGCCCGUGCCCAACCCCGCGGGCGGCAGCACGUGCUCGUCCCUCUCGCCCAUGUCCGCCAGCCCCGGCAACCCCAGCUUCGAGGACAGCCAGAUGCCCCCCGCGCUGGCUCCGUCUCCCUUCUACCCCCACCCGUGCCACCCCAAGGAUGUGCCCGCCCUCCACUACCAGCCCCCCGAGGCCGCCAAGUCCUUCCACUUCCCCGCGGACACCACCAAGGACGAGCCCCUGCUCAAAUGCCUGCCCGAGGCCCCGUACCACAAAGCGGGCCUGGACGGCUUGGAGGGGGAGCCGCCACCGCCGCCGUACUUGUCCCAUCACCUGCUGGCCAACUCGCUGAGCAGCGCCAGCCUGGACCAGCUGGACGUGCUGCUGACCUGCAAGCAGUGCGACCAAAACUACAGCAACCUCUCCUCCUUCCUGGAGCACCGGCAGUUCUGCGGCUCCCACGCCGUUUUCCAGGCGGAGACGAAGGACGGCGCCCGGGGCGCCGAGGGCAGGAAACCGCUCCUCCCCGACCCCGCGAAGCACCCCCAACCCGGGCUGGGGCUGCCGCUGGCCCCCGACGCCCACUCGCCCCUGCUGACUUUGAACAAGAACGUCGACUUCCUGUUGGACGGGGAGGCGAAGGACGACCCGCUGAAAGCCAACCUCUUCCACGGCCUCGCCGUCGCCGCCCCGCCGCUGACCGCUUCCGACCUGGAGAUCGACGACGCCAAGCUGGACAGCCUCAUCACAGAGGCGCUGAACGGCCUGGGGUACCAGUCCGACAACCCGGAGAUCGACAGUAGCUUCAUGGACGUCUUCGUGGAUGAGGAGCUCACGUCGGCGAAGGCUGCCAGCAGCGGGGCGCCCUACAAGCCGAAGGACACCCCGGAGAGCAAGCAGAAACACCUGGGCGCCGAGGAGAAGCCGAAAACCGCCUAUUACUACGAAGAGGAUCGCCCCAGCGAAGAGGCGACCAAGAGCCGGACGUCGGGGAAGCAGCACGUUCAUAAGGGGAGGCCGGCGGGGAGGUUUGCCAACCGUGGGGCCCAGAAGCUGGAUCAGAGCCGGGGUGCCGAUCAGGUCCCGGCGGGUAAAGCGGACAAGAGCGUCAAGCUGAGGGCGGGGAGGAAGGGCAGCGCCGAGUCUGCCGCCCCCACGACUGUCCCCAAACCCGGUGCGGAGAAGAAACAGUGCAGAAACGCCACCCAGGACCCCUGCGCGAAGAGCGAUGCGCGGCCUAGCGCCCCCGGCCCGGCCACCGCCAGCAAGAGCGCCAAGCCGCCGCGCUUCUCCAUGAAGGAUGGGAAAAAGCGGAAGCUCAGGAGCGGGACUUGGAGCAAGGAGCUGAUCCACAAGAUCGUGCAGCAGAAGAACAAGCUGCACAAGCUGCACGUGAAGAGCAGUGCAAACAUGCAGUUCUCCGUGGUCACCGAGAGGCUGCUGCCGGCCCCCCAGGACGGCCAGUUUGGGGAGUACGACUACAUUUCGGACUCCGAGGACGAUGGCGCGGAGUACGCUGCGCUGCCCGGCAGGAGGAAGCCGGGCUCGGGUUUUAACGGGAGACCCAAAUGCAGCUUUAGCCGGAGGCGCUCGGGCAAGGAGAAGGAGCCAGCCUGGCUCUAUAGCCAGAAGAGAGAGAGGCAGGCCCCAGGCAGCGAGGCCGGCAAGAAGGACGACUGCACGGCCAGAGCGCGCCGGAGAAGCAGCCGCUCCUCCACGGGCAGCCGCCGCAGCACGAGCCUGUCGAGCGAGACCAGCGCCAGCCCCCCUGGCACGGAGCAGGCAGAUUCGGACGCUGAGAAGGGCAGCGCGCGGAGACGGCGGCGCUCAGAGAGUGGUGAGCACGCGGCACCGCUCCCUCCCAGCCCCUCCAACGCCAAGGCCCCCAAGAAGAGCCACAAAAGCAAGGGCGGCUUUUCCAGAGGGACCAGAAGGUUUGGCUCCGCCAAGUGUCCACCGACGGGCUCCGGGGCGGACGAGAGUCGCGAGUCAACCGUGUCUCCCACGGAGGGCGAAGAGCAGCAGGCUCGCGGCGAGGACGCUUCGAGCCAGAGCCCCCUCCCGCGUUACAGGAAGGAUGACGCUGGAGAGGCAGCCAGCCACGCCGAGGAGACGGCACGAGCCGUGCCAGAGACGCCGGAGCCAUCGGGCUUGGCAGCGGUCAGCCAGCGGGGCCCAUUCGCUCCGUAUAACGAGGAUGCCCUCCAGUAUCACUCGGAAGAAUUGAUCGCUGCACCCCACCUCGGUCACGAGGCCAGUCCCGGCACCGCGAGCUACUCCGAAACAGGCAUCAAGUACCUAAAGGAGCACGGGCUUUGCGGCGACCGCUGUUACAGCAGGGACGGCGCCGGGAUGAUGCUAGCCGUCAAAGAACCGGGCACCUACGUGAACGCCGAGGAAGCCUUUUACAACCCAAAAGACCUGUCCGAUCACUACGACACCAACCUCUUCUCAAAGCCACCGCCGCUGGGCUCUUCGCACAUGGAUGAGAUGUACUUAUGCCAGGCGGACAUGAAUGCCGGCUCGUUCGAACAGAAAGAGGCCGGUCUGUCUGCAUACGCGGCGGAAAGUCAGCGGGCCAAAGUCUCCUCCCCUCUGAGCUUUGAUUCCUCCUCAAUUUUCGAAGAACUUCCCGUCGCCGAAUUCGACGCCCCAUUGUACAGCAGCGUGUCCGCGAGCAAGGACAGUUACGUGAUGUUUGCCUGCGCCGGCAACCCGCCCGGCAAAGCGAUGCCGUUUGAGCAGCAAUACCCUCCGUUUCUGCAAGAGAAGGAGUGGGCUCUGAUGGAGGACGUGCCCCCAAUUUUGGCAGAAGACAUCCCUCCAUUUCAUGGUCUUUCGGUGGAGAAGCCGUUAGCUAAGAAGUUUCCUGACGAGGGGACCGUAGCCGGCGGUCAAAUGUCUUUGCCUCUGCCGGAGCGCGUCACUGAUUACAACGUCCCGUUCAUGAACAACGCGUCCGAGGACGAGCUGGAGAUCAAGCGGCUGGUCACAGAACUGGAAAACCAGCUGCAAACCAACAAGCUGCAUAAAGAGGCACCUGCCGUGCAUCAGAAAGUGGAGCAACACAUCGGGACGCAGCUGAGAGACGCCUCGGGCCAGUUUUCCCCUCUGCCCGUGGAUCAGGAGAUGAGCAAUGAAAAGCGACUGUUCUUGGCAGACGGUCUCGGGAGCGCGGGCCUCCUUGCCCCGAAAGUCUGCGUCAGCGAGAGUCUAGGGACUGUGAAACCUGCUGCUCCGGACAGAGAUGGCAGCUACGAGAGCCAUCGGGAUGCCUGGCCUUGCCCGGUUGAGUUCAGCUCUCUGGACUCAAGCAUGUGCGCGCCAGCUUCUGACGACCCCAUCCCCGUAGACCAUUUCUGCCCCAAAGAGGCCUGCAGCCAGUUCCAGGAAGCCGAAAUUCCCGAGGAAACGGACUCCAGAGAGACGGCGAGUGCAGUCCCCGACUCCUGCGUGCCCACGAAAAUAGAGGCUCCAAUUUACACAGAGCGGGUGAUCAAAAGCCCUGCGAUUAGUGAUCUCUCAUGCCCUAACACGCUAAAGGCAGCCGAUCUGAGCGAGCAAGAUAUGUUGCCAUCCCUGCCAAGCUCGCGUGGCCCUGAGGGCUUUCCUCUCCCAGGGAAAAUGGAGGAAAGCUUUGAUGACCCUCCCAAGCUGGGAACGUUUGGCAGCCACGCUGCAAACCUGAAAUCGGAAUUUGGGUUCCAAGAAGAGCGGGUCCCGGCCUUUUCCUCCCAUCCCCAAAAUGUCACGGACUCCCAAGAAAGCCCCUUGAGUAAGUCUAAGUCGGCAUCGCCCGAAGGGCUGAAAAGCGCCGUGCAUUUCGGCGGAGAUGAGAGUGGGUCGGCACUGUUGGAAGAGACUGAAGAAAGCAAGGACCCGGCAGCCUACCCCUCCCCAGUGCCGUGCGACAAGGGUAGCGACCGCAAGGCGCUGUUGUUUGAUAUCCUGAGUUUGCCCAAAGAAGCUGAGCGUGGCACGGAGAAGGCUGGCACCCAAGAGACAGCAGCCAACCCCUUGCAGCAGCUCCAGCUGUUCGUGGCCCGGACAGUCAAGAACAACGAAGAGGAGUUGAUGAUGCCGUGCUUCCCAAUGCUGCUCUCUGCCAGCCACCAACCCCCCGGCACCAGCCUCCAAGCUGAGCAGAAGGAGGAGAGCGUCAGCGGCACGGACAGCGAGGAUGCGACAUAUUGUCACGUGCGUGUGGACGGGACGGUCCCCCUGGGAGAAGCAAUAGGCAUAGCUGCCGGCUCGGAAGAAAACAGGCAUUUUUCCAGGGCGGGUGAACAGCUGGACCCGUUCCCCGAAGCCGCCUCCUACGCUCUAAAGCAAUCCGCGUUCAUGAACGAAGAGCUGCACAAUAAUGUAACGGAGCUGCAGCACUUAGCAAAUGAAUGUUCAGAGCCGGGCGACAUUAAUACCCGCCCAGAUGGUGUUUCCCAAGAGCAUAAUAACCUCUCCCCACUCGGCUACUCGGCGCGAACCCCAUCGCCAGGGCAGGGACAGAAAUCGGAUCAGAUUGUGAAGGAGCAGGAGCAAGAUAAAAACAAAGCAACCUUGGCAUUUAAAAAACACAGGCAAUCCUAUUUAAGCCAUAGAUCAUUUGAGAAAGAAACAGUAGGCAAGGCAUUGCCAGAGACGCUAAACGUUGGCGAUGCCGACUGCGGUCCUUGGUGCGACGGGGCCGGUCCAGAGGUGCAGCUGUCACGCGCUGCAAAGCGCAGCAGGAGAGGGUCCACCAGCAAGGUGGGACAGGAGCCACAGCCCCUUAGCCAUGUGUCUCUGGCUCCUGCCAGCCCAUUAAACCCUGCAGAAGAUCUUCAGCGGGAAGAUCAUUUCCUGCGCGAAACGAAUGUCUAUUUGGUAAAUGCUCAGAUGCCGAAAGAAGGGGGUGGCACAAAAAUGCAGGCCCUCGAAGCCUGUCACUAUAAGGAGGACUCGCUGGGCGGUUUGCCUUUGCGGCCCAGCUUUUCUCACCAGAAAUAUUUGCAGAGCACCAGUACUGAAAAUCUGGGCUUCUCCAGCUUCGGCACGCGGCUUCCAGAAGGGGAUCAGUACGGCGCCUCGCUGCUGACUGCAGAGACUCAGUCGAGUUUAUUUCUGGUGAAGCGGCGCCCCUCGGACCCCGAGAGCAACCCCAUUUGCCAUCCAGCCCAGAGUCCCGGGGUGCAAAGCAAAUGGAAAGGCGCGCUCUUGUUUCCACCCACCCCGCAGCAUUGUAAUACUGCCGCCCCCGCACCACGGGAGCCCCUGGGAAGCAUCCAGCGCUGCCUUGCUGAAGACCUAAAUAACUUUCAGCAGCCUGAGAAAGAAGAGUUGGCAAGACCUCCUGCCCCACUGUGCCCCAACGACCUGGCAGCCGCCGCGUUGGACUUGGAGAGCCACCAGAAAUUGCAGCUGAAGGACUGCGCUCUUUCCUGCUUUGACCGAAAAGACGUGGGUCAAGAGCCGAAGGAAGGCCCCAGUGCUGCCUUCCCGGGCCCCCGUUACAACGAGGGAAAAGCGAGUACGACGAUGAAGUCUCAGCCCGCACCUCUGCGUGGUAGCCAGGCGGCACCAGAAACCAGCAAUUACUCAGCAGAGCCCAUGAAUCUCUUGCAAAUGAGAAAACAAGAUGCUGAAUCCAACUUAAGUCAAGAACAGGAGUUUGAAAAAGGCUGUCACGAGGGCCACAACCAGCGAAGCAAGCCAGAGACCUCAUCCUCUGGCUUUGUUGUUCAGCAGGCGCCGACUGCUGCGAGCCCUGGCCUAAACACGAUAGAUCCUGGGCCUCUCGACGGAGGAGUCCAACACUUUUCAGAGACGAGAGCAGGAGACCAUUGCAAGAGCCUGGAUGGGAAAGAAGGGACGGCAGAAGGAGAUGGGUCUGGAAGUGGUGGCGGAGCUGGCAGCUGCGUUCAAAAUAGCACGGACCAAGAAGAUGACGGUGAUGUGUCGGACGCUCUCCCGAGUGCCUCCAGAAAGGAGCGUGUGAAAGAAAAGAAACAAAGUGGGCUCCAAGUCACCUGCGACAUUUGCUCUGCCUCUUUCCGGUCCAAACCUGGCCUGACCAGGCACAAAGCAGUAAAGCAUCGAAUGAAAAAUGACAGCACAGCAGUGCCGAGCAAAGUUUCCCGGCCCCGUUUAAUUCCUCUGGACAAGGCAUCGAGGCUCUCCAGGAAAGGCCCCAAGAAGGGUGCAAAGGAUGCCGACAGAGAGAGAGCGGGUAACUCGCAGGUCCCCGCUGUUGCUGCUGCUGCGCUCGUGCCCAGGAAAGCGUAUGCCAGUCCGGAGAAGGAGCCCAAUGCGCAAAUGCAAGAAGUCGUUAGCAGAGUGCUCAGUGACCUCAGUGUGGUCUCGCUGGGGAUGUCCCAGGAGCUCCGGUGCACGGAUAUGCCGAGUAAAGACCCCAAGCCAAAAUAUCAGUGCACGGUGGUGGUAGAGGACUUGGGCAUGGAGAAGCCCGACCCCAAGAAGCAUCCCGGGAAGAGGGAGAAAGGCUGGAGGAGCCAAAGUAAAGAUCCCGAAGGGUGCAGCAGCAAUUCAGAGAGGAAACUCAGCAGAAAGGUGAGACGGAGGAAAGCCAAGACGUUUCCCAACAAGAGCGAAGCUGGCAGACUGUGCGCUUCGGAGAAGGACGCAAGGGAUAUCCCGUCCCAAGAUGUUUUGGGAGCCAGACGGUCAAGGAAGCUGGAGGACAUGGCUGAGGCAGGCGACCGCAUCUCGGCAGAGGCAUCGGACAGGCCUCGCUCGCCACAGCCCUCUCCCGCAGCAGAGCCGUGUCCUCGUGCAGCCGGGCCCUCAGAGGAGGUUGGUGAGGAGGCAUCCUGUUCACAAGAGACAGCCUCCCGGGACACGGGUGAGCCGAGGAAGGCUCCGAAUGGAAGUGAAGAGGCGCGGGCGGAAGAGAAAUGGUCGACCCGCUUGGUGAAGCAAGUGGAGAAGGGGUUGAGUCAGGUUUGCAAAGAGCAGCGUGAGGAUGGGGAUGCCACAGUGGCGAAAGGGCCUGAGGCCACGGAGAGCUCCUUGGGAGAGGGCAGCCACGGGAAGUGGAGCAGUGCCUUGAAACAUCCCUCCGGCCCAGCCACGCCGGACCGGCCCGCAGAAACUCGGGACGCCGCACCAGCCCCGAAGGAUCCCGCUCCAGGAGGGCAGGAACAUGCUUCGGACGGCAGCCCUUGUUCCUCCGCGCCCCGGCCCUGGGGACAAGGAGAGGCGCAGCCGAGCAAAGGGCACGGCACCAGUAGCGUGGCUGAGCCAGACCUGCAGAGCUUGUUCGACGACGACACCACGUUCUCCCAGCUCUUCCCCAGGGACGACCAGUUCACCCGGAGGAAGUGCACGCGUGUGUACGGGAAGCGGACGAAGAAACCCAAGCCCGUUAGCGAGGCGAACAUCAAGCCAGUAGGCACCGAGGACCUCUUUAGCAUCCGGCUGGCUUCUGACCUCAGCGAAACCAGCUCUUUCUGUGUCACCAGGGAUGAUCCUUGCGAAUACGAAACCAUCUCUAUCGACGAUGCCUUAAUGCUCAAUAUGUGUCACAAUAGCAAGCCCAAGGGGCACGAUGCUGUCUCCAGCCCUUCGACAAAUUUCACAGAUUAUAAGAGAGCCAGCCAAGAGAAGGAGGUGAUUGACCUGGAAGAGGAUAACGUGUUAACUUUCUUAUGCCAAAACAACCGGAUGGAAAACAUUCCCAACUUGACCAUUUGGGGAAGCCUCGACAAGGAGGUGGAAAGCGUUCCCGCUAACAAAAUGCUGUUCAAGCCCCUGGUAGAGCCUGAAAAUGAACGCUCGGCGGUGGAGACGAGCCCUGAGCCUCCAGACCUGGAAGAAGAACCCUACGAUAGCAAGGCUAACGAGGACCCCAACUCACCUGGGUUUCAUACAGUCGACAUUGAGAUGCUGAAUGCCAAAUUCAAGAUGAGGGACGUGUGCUUUGUCAGCGCGGGCGAAGAUAAUCCUGUCCAUCCAGAUGACAGUGUGGUGAGCUUCAAGCAGAAGCCAGGCCAGCAUAGCAAGCACAGCAAAAAUAAGGUAGAAGAUGGGAAAGCCGGGAAGAACCGAAGCGACUUAAAUCUCAAGACCAAAGACAAACAGUAUAAGUGCAAAGUGUGUUUCCAGUGGUUCCUCACCUUAGGAGAACUGGACUUCCACAAGCUCACCCAUAACCCGUCCCCACCUCCCACCUGCUACAUGUGCGUCCAGCGCAAAUUCAGCUCGAGGGAGCAGCUGAGAGACCAUUUAAAAGAGAAACACGCCAAGAACAAGGCGGGCCUGUGGGCCUGCGGCAUGUGCCUGAAGGAGAUCUCCGACGUCUGGAUGUACAACGAGCACCUCCGCGAGCAUGCCACUCAGUUCGCUCGGAAAGGGCAGGCCCAGAAAUCGGUCAUGGGUCUGCCCGCCUGCUUCAGCGAGGAUAACGCUGCCGUCACCCAUUUCCUGAAUACCAUCAUGUACCGCAAACCCAGCAAGUCAUCCAGGCACGUGGAGUCCAGCAGCAGCAAGCCCCCUGCUUGCAAAGAGAAUAAAAGCCAAAGAGAGCAACCCCUGGAGCAAGAGGCCAAAGUAGUAAAGGACCUGGCAGAGAUGAAACCACCCUCUUGCCCCUCCAGCUCUUCCAAAGCAUCUUCCAUCCCAUCGCCAGAGCACAUGCCUAAAUGUGAGAGCGCUCCAAAGGCUGUGCCCAUGCAUCCCGACUGCAAGGACCCUUCCAGGGACUGCCAUCACUGCGGGAAGCAGUUCCCCAAGCCCUUCAAGCUCCAGCGUCACUUAGUGGUGCACAGCUUGCAGAAGAUCUACUUGUGCCAUAAGUGCCCCAUGUUCUACCAGGAAACCAAAGAGCUUCGCAACCACCUAGGCCACGAGCACGGCAUCGUGGAGGAGCCGGAGAUCAAGCACACCACGCUGUACGCGUGCGAGCUCUGUGCUGACGUCAUGCACGUCAUCAAGAAGUCCUUCAUCUGCAGCAUGUGCAACUACACCUUCUCCAAGAAAGAGCAGUACGACCGGCACAUGGAAAAGCACCUGGCAGGGAGCAGUAAGACCUUCAAGUUCCGGGGGGUCAUGAGGCCUGGCCUCCCCUCCAAGGAUGGGAAUGAGAAAAUUAAAGAGGAAAGCUCUCCAAGGGAGGAUGUGCCGCCGAGCAAGAAGAGGAAGGUGGCACACCAUGGCAGCUUGUUUGCACGCAGCUCGCCUGUGCACCUGGACCACAACAGCGACCUGCAGCUAGGAGAGGACUCUUUAACACCGGCCAGCGAGCCCUUCCCUGCAGCCGCCGGCAGCCCUGAAGCACCGUUGCCCCAAGCCUCUGUGAAAACAGAAGACCUUGUGGGUGACUUCUCAGAGCUCCUGGCUGAAAUGGAAAAAUCUCCAUUUGGUGCCCUCCCUCCACCUGCGUGCCUGUCCCCAUCCAGGCCCCAAGCAAUAGCGAGCGACCCAGAGCUCAGCCACAUUGCUACGCUUUCCGUCGAGGACCUUGAGAAAGGUGCCUUUGAUGGGAAACAUUUCCUGGACUCCUCAGAGUUUAGCAUGGACCUGACCGGUCUAGCUUGUAACCAGGCAGAAGACGAAAAGCGGUCUCCACCUCAUCUCACUGAGAAGCAUGGGCAUGCAGACGUCCAAGAAAAAGCAACCCUGGGCAAUAACGAUGAAGAUGUCAUGAGGCUGUUGGACGACCCCAGCCCACAAGAAAGCCUUGCCAAAGAGACCCAUUUCCUCAAGCUUGCUAAGAAGGUCCCAGAGCUCCCUGUGCCACGAGCAGAGGCUCCACAAGCCAAGGAAGCCAAUAAACCCUUGCUGACCAACCUGAAUGUGAAUGACACAGCUCCCAAGGACAGUGCCCAUCACUCCUUGCCUUUAAAGGACAAGACGGCAUCCCCUGUCCUGAACAGGGCGGCUAAAGAUUUGGCCUCUCAGAAGAAAACCAUAGGCAGUCAAGUCAAUGGCGAGGCUGCCUUGAAUACCACCGGUGCUGGGGGCAACCCAGAGGAGGUACUGAAACCCUGCUCUCUAAAAGACAAAGCCAUGCCCGAAACGGGCGCCUUUGCCAAAGACAGCGGUGCGAACACCAACAUCAAAGAAAUAGGAAGCAAUCAAAACAAGCCUCUAAGCAACCAGCUCAAGGGUGAGCCGGUGAAGCACAGCCAUUUGGAGGCAGGGAAGUCUUCAGACAAGCGGGCUCUGAACGGCACGGGCAAGCUUCACCCGAAGAAGCGAAAAGAGCACAAGUCUUUGAGUCACAAGGGCAGCUCGGCCUCCAGGGAGAACAUCGAGGGAGACGGGAAGAAGAAGAAAGCCCGAACGCCAGGCCCGGGGAGAAGCGAGAGCGCCGGGGAGCUCAAACGAGGGGACUGGACUAGCAACGAGGCUUCGGCCCUGUCCCCUGGGAGGAGGGAAACGCACUGUAACAAACUGAUUCCCAAGCCCCGCAUGGUCGGUGUUGGGCACCAGCUGAAGAAGAUGGUGCUCGACACUUACAACCAGAAGAAGGUGGAGAUCCGCCAGACCAACGGGGACUUGAAACGCAAGAAGGACAUCCUCGGAAAGACCUUCCACCACCUCCUGGCCAAAGGCCCCGGCACGUCCCUCCACGGCGCCAUAGGCCGGCACAGAACUGUCCAAGGUGCUAAACCUGCUGACUCCCACAAUUACAGGACAGCCGAAUCCCAGAACAAUCUGCUAAGCCAACUGUUUGGACAGAAAUUAACUAGCUUUAAAAUUCCUUUAAGACGAGAUACUUCAGAGUAAUUUAUGAAAGUGACUUAUGGUGAGCCGCAGCUGCUUUCAUGGGGUUUGCAAGGGGGAAAAAAAAAUUAUCAAAGCAUUAAAUUCGUUUGUGUAGCGUGAUUUUUCUGUCUAGCUUAAAUGAACUUGCACUGCAGCCUCUGUGAAAUAGUUUGCUUUGUGUCUACUAAUCUACUUUAAUUCACCUGAUUUAUCAUGCAAAUGCUACAACUUUGAUGUUGCUGAUGAUUUCCAUGAACUGAAAUUGUAAUCGCUUUGGGCAGACUGAAUCGUCAAGAGCAAUUGCUUUAUUGCAGAAGUGCUGAGGUUAUAAGGAUACUUGCAAAUCUCAGACCCUUUUGAGACUGUGUCUGUGUUAUCUUUGUACAAAGUACUUGAAGAGAUGAACUUCAUUCCAUAGACGUCUUAUUCAUAAGGUGCAGUACACUGUAGAAAGCAAAUUUUUUUUUUUGUGAAGAUUUUGCACAAAUAAUCCCAUACAAUUCAUUUAAUUGGGCGCUGGCCUAAGACACGAUGCAAUUAAAAAUAAUAAUAAAUUAAGAACCGAGUGCCCCAUGUUUUGACAGCCACCCUUACGAAUUUGUUUCUACAUUGUCAAGAAAAUGAGGAGUUAGGUUUUGUGCUGCGUGGGCAAUUAGUGCAUAUCCGACGUUGCUGCCGUUAUUUGACCACUGUAGAUGAUGCUUGUGGAUGACCAGUGAGAAUGCUAGGGACCUGCACCUUGACAUUUGUGACAGACUCUUAUUUUUAUUUUUUAUUUUUUUUUUAAUAUUUGCGCAACGACGAAACUGUGCCAACUUACCACACCAAAACGGUACUGUCCGAGGUACUUAACGGUAUAACUUCUAAACUAUCUUACUGUAUUGAGUUAGUAGCUAUAUAGGUAUCAGCUUUAUACUAUGCAGUUACUGGUGCUAUUUUUAUUUUUGUAAUGUGAAUACAGACUUCCUUGAUUUAAGAAUAAAAGGGAACAGUUAGGAAGUAGCGGUUACCUGUAAAACAAAAGCAGGAAAAUAAAACUUUUUAAAGAAAAAUCCUGUAUGCUGGUACUCCAUAGUGUUGCAAAGGUUACGUCACAUGAUCGAGCAGGUAUACAACUGAACUUUUGAAUCGGAAAGAAAUCUCAGGUGCAAAGGAUGACAUGGAAGACAAAUACUAUUGAACACUCCCAAGUCAAGGAGGUAAAGAUAUGCACUGAUGUGAUAUGAACAGUCAGAGUACUUUGCGUCUGUCCUGCAAUUAUUAUUAUUUUUUUAGAUUUAAAAGGGAAAAAAAAAAGAAGAGGCUCUAUCCUGUUAAUAUGUAUCAUUGCAAUCCUUUGUAUUGUAUAGAACUAUUGUAGGUAAUUUACCUUGGUGCAAUGUGUUGUGUCAAAAGUUUUUAUUUUGAUAUUUUGUCAGAGAGCAGAGAGAGCGCAGGGAUGGCCUUUUUAUGAUGUUGUAUGUGUGCUAUUAAAGUGCCUCUUUAAUAUUGUUAAAUAAAGUAUGAGAUGAAAAUAUGGGGCCGUGCUGUAAAAUCCUACCGAAUUAAUCUCAAAUAUAUUCCAAUAUUUUCACAGAAA